AUGGCUGAUAGCGCAGAGUGUGAACGCGUUUUCAAGCGCUUUGAUGUGAAUGGGGAUGGCAAAAUCUCGUUGGCAGAGUUUGCUGAAGCUCUCAAAGUGUUAGGUUUAACUUCUCAGGAGGAAGUUGAGCGUCGAAUGGCAGAGAUUGAUACAGACGGUGAUGGCUCCAUUACAUUGGAAGAGUUGAUUGAAUUUCAAACCGCCAACCCUAAUUUGAUGAGGGAUGUUUUGAAUAAACUCUAA